AUGUCUCUCAAACGAAAGAGCAACAUGGAGGAUAUUCUCAAGUCGGGAAGCAUCAAGUUCAUCAUCGGCUCUGAGAAAACCGAGUUCACAGUUCAUUCCAUGAGUAUCGCCACCCUAUCGCAGGCGCUUCACUCCCUUGUGAGCACCGGUCGUCCUGGCGUGGUUGUAAAGUCUGUGACUUGGAGCAACGUCGAGACAUCUACUUUUGUCAACUUGAUGGAGUACGCAUACUCCAAGGAUUACAGCACACCCGAGCUCACCAAAACCGACGAGGCCGUAGAGGCGAUUUCUCUGCAUACAUGGAUGUUGGGGAUUUCUCAGGAAGACGAGAGUCCACAAAAGUCGAGUGCUCAAUACAGAUUUUGCCAGCAGCACUUCUCUCCCAACACAACGGCCUCCGAUGGAGCGAUCACCGAGUCUAGCUUUGCAACUGAGGCAUGGCUCAAGGAUAUUCAGCAGCAGCACCUCACUGGCUACGAAACCGUUUUUCGCACACACACGAACCUGUACAUCCUCGCGGAUAGGUGGAGAAUCGCCGAUCUCAACGAUCUCUGCCUUCGCAAGAUCCGUCUGACCUUGAUACACGCCCCUCGUACUAAGGAACUGUUUAUUGCCCUUUUCCUCACCAUUCCAACCGUCUACAAUAAUACAUUCGACAACGACCCUCUGCGGUCGCUACUCGUUAGGUACUGCAUAUCUAGCAUGGCAUGCAUCAUGGGUCAGGAGGGCGAUAAUAGGAUGGCUCCUUUACUCAGACGCCUCCCUCACUUUGCUGCUGACUUGCUCCUCAAGAUGCCCCACGACUACUAGGUACAGACCAGGGAUGGAGAACAAGCUUGAGCAACGAAGGAUAACUAUCCCGCCGUCAUUCUCUUCUGUAUGGACCGAAGGAAAAUGGUAUGUUAGCGAGAGAACGGGAUUUGACGACAGACUAGCCAGAGAUAGCGGCAGGAUAUCACCGCUCGUGAUCUGACACCUCCAGGGCUUUUGUUUCGUUGGACAUGACGCGGACCAUUUGAGAAAGCAGUUCUGCUGUGCUGAGACGAAGAUGUGUUGACGAAGAGCGAGUGGAAAGAUUGGAAUUUGGAGAUGACAGCUGUCAUACACAGAUGUAUUCCCACAGCGCCGAGAAUGUCUUUACAGAUAGAUGUUAUGCACUACCGAUUACCCUAACACGACGAAUGCGUGCAGACUAUUUUC